UUUUGCUCGAGCAGAGUCGAGUCGCCCGUAGCUCGGCUAGGGUAGAGCGGAUUUUUAGUAUAAUUCAUUUAAAUAAUGAUUUUUAUGAGUUAACAGUUAUCAUUUUAGUAUCAGUGAUUAGUGUUUUGUUUGUAAAUCUUAAAUACAUUAGUUUAGCAGUCACUGAUGUGGUGUAAUCUCUAUUUCCCGUUUCGUUUUACCAAUCUAAUCUAAACAGAAAAUGGCCGACGGUGUUGGUGCGGGUGUCUCCUUUGUUUAGUGCUGAAUUCUAGUGAAAAUAAGUAUUAAAAGGAAUAAUGCCUAGUGCCUCGUUUUCCUCUUCGCGUUCUUACGUUCGCAGAUCGCGAAGAAAAGGCGGACAUCGCAUACCAUUGCCUUCUAGGACACAAUCGACGGAGCCAUGUGAAUCAGUCCCGUGCCCGAACAACGUGACCGGCAGCGCCAUGGCCGCCACGGCUUGCGCGGGCCCCAGCGGCAGCGGCGGCGGUGGCUCGCCGCCCGUGCCCGCCGCCGCGCCCGCCACCACCGCCGGCCACCACAGUCCGUACGACCUGCGCCGCAAGAGCCCGCCCGCCUACCACGAGCCCGGGCCUUCGGGAACUUGCUCACUGCCGGCCAGGAAGAGGCCUAGGACAUCAUUGUCACAAGGCGUGGACGUAUGCAACGUAUCUCAGUACCUCCAGUAUGAAUUGCCCGAUGAGGUGCUUCUGUGUAUCCUGUCGCACCUCACUGAACGCGAUCUGUGCCGUGUGGCGCAGGUCUGCAAGCGGUUCAACACCAUCGCCAAUGAUACUGAGCUAUGGAAAAGCCUAUACCAAUCGGUGUUUGAAUACGACAUGCCAUUGAUGCACACUGCACCGUGCCAGUUCGAGUUCAUGACGGCGGACGAGUGCGACGCUGAGAACCCGUGGAAGGAGAGCUUCAGGCAGCUAUACUACGGCAUUCACGUGCGACCCAACUUCCGUCCCAAGAAAGACUCGCGGAUCAAGCAUUUUAAUACUAUUAGAGCCGCUCUGGAGUACGUGGAGGAGCGCGGCGGGUCGACGCCGCCCAGCAGCAGCGGCAGCUCGCCGUGCUCGGGCGCGGCGGCGGCGACGGCGACGGCGGCGGCGACGCCGGGCGCGGCGGGCGCGAGCGCGGCGUGCGCAUGCGCGGGCGCGGGCGCGGGCGUCGGCGCCGGCCCGUGCGCGUGCCGCCGCGCCGCGCAGCCCAAGCCCGCGCUGGUGUUCGUGCACCAGGGGCUCUACCAGGAGGAGUGCCUCGCCAUCGACACUGAUGUGCAGCUCAUUGGUUGUGCCGCUGGCAACGUGGCCGAGUCAGUGGUACUGGAACGCGAGGCGGAGUCGACGCUGACGUUCGCGGAGGGCGCCAGCCGCGCCUACGCCGGCCACAUGACGUUGAAGUUCUCACCUGAUGCCACCAGCACCAUGCAGCACCACAAGCAUUAUUGCCUGGAGGUCUCCGAUAACUGCUCUCCCACCGUUGAUCAUUGCAUUAUUCGGAGCGCCAGUGUGGUGGGUGCAGCGGUGUGCGUGAGCGGAGCGGGCGCCAACCCGGUGAUCAAGCACUGCGACAUCAGCGACUGCGAGAACGUCGGCCUCUACGUCACGGACUACGCGCAGGGCGCCUACCAGGACAACGAGAUAUCGCGCAACGCGCUCGCCGGCAUCUGGGUCAAGAACUUCGCCAAUCCCAUCAUGCGCCGCAACCAUAUACACCACGGCCGCGACGUCGGCAUAUUCACAUUUGAGAAUGGAUUGGGCUACUUUGAAGCAAAUGAUAUUCACAACAACAGAAUCGCCGGUUUCGAAGUGAAAGCCGGCGCCAACCCCACCGUAGUACAUUGCGAGAUCCACCACGGUCAGACGGGCGGCAUCUACGUGCACGAGUCCGGCCUAGGCCAGUUCAUAGACAACAAGAUACACUCUAACAACUUCGCGGGCGUGUGGAUCACGUCCAACAGCAACCCGACCAUUCGUCGCAACGAGAUUUAUAACGGCCAUCAGGGCGGCGUGUAUAUAUUCGGGGAGGGCCGCGGGCUGAUUGAGCACAAUAAUAUUUAUGGGAAUGCUUUGGCUGGAAUUCAGAUCCGCACAAACAGCGACCCCAUAGUCCGGCACAAUAAGAUCCACCACGGGCAGCACGGCGGCAUCUACGUGCACGAGAAGGGCCAGGGGCUCAUCGAGGAGAACGAGGUGUACGCCAACACGCUCGCCGGCGUCUGGAUCACCACCGGCUCCACGCCCGUGCUGCGCCGCAACCGCAUACACUCGGGCAAACAGGUCGGCGUAUAUUUCUACGACAACGGCCACGGAAAACUAGAAGAUAACGACAUCUUCAACCACCUAUACUCUGGCGUUCAAAUCCGAACCGGCAGCAACCCCGUCAUCCGCGGCAACAAGAUCUGGGGCGGGCAGAACGGCGGCGUGCUCGUCUACAACGGCGGCCUGGGGCUGCUCGAACAGAACGAGAUCUUCGAUAACGCCAUGGCUGGUGUGUGGAUUAAGACUGACUCCAACCCGACGCUCAAGAGAAAUAAGAUUUUUGAUGGGCGCGAUGGAGGAAUUUGUAUUUUUAAUGGAGGAAAGGGAGUAUUGGAGGAGAACGACAUAUUUCGCAACGCGCAAGCGGGCGUGCUGAUCUCAACUCAGAGCCACCCGGUGCUGCGGCGCAACCGCAUCUUCGACGGGCUCGCGGCCGGCGUAGAGAUCACCAACAACGCCACCGCCACGCUAGAGCACAACCAGAUCUUUAACAACAGAUUUGGAGGCCUUUGCCUAGCAUCCGGCGUGUCGCCAUUAAUACGAGGCAACAAAAUAUUUAGCAAUCAAGACGCUGUGGAGAAGGCGGUCGGCGGCGGCCAGUGCUUGUACAAGAUAUCGUCGUACACGUCCUUCCCCAUGCACGAUUUCUACAGGUGCCAGACUUGCAACACGACAGACCGCAAUGCAAUUUGUGUCAAUUGCAUCAAAACGUGCCAUCAGGGACAUGACGUCGAAUUCAUACGCCAUGAUAGAUUUUUCUGCGACUGCGGCGCGGGCACGCUGUCGAACCAGUGCCAGCUGCAGGGCGAGCCCACGCAGGACACGGACACGCUGUACGACUCGGCCGCGCCCAUGGAGUCGCACACGCUCAUGGUCAACUGAGCCAGUACGU